GAGAGGUCAAAGUUCAUUACAGCCGACAACUCGACAAGUUGAAGAAGUUGAGGAAUCUUAGGUUUAAGACAAUUUUACACAUUAAUCAUCGAUGCCUAGGUAGUAACGGUUUACACCAAUUAGUUAAAUACAUAUUCAAGUAUGGAUAGGCCAAAUAGGACGUUUGAUAGUCCCUUUUAUAGGGAGAAUGCAUCGAAAAUGUUAGCAAUGGAAAAAUCAAAUUCAAGUUUCUUGCCAAGCCAAAAAAGUUUGAAGGGGAUCAUCGCAGUUGAAGCAAUGACAUCACUGCAUACGCCGCCAGCGUUUACUCCACCCGCACCUACUAUGCCAGCUAGGAGGAGCUAUAGAGGCAUCAUUGCGGGUGGUAUCACAGGAGGUAUUGAAAUAUGCAUCACAUUCCCGACAGAAUAUGUCAAAACUCAGUUACAAUUGGACGAGAAAGGUGCACAAAAGCGCUACAAGGGGAUCUUCGAUUGUGUCCGCGUCACUGUAAAGGAGCGUGGUGUAUUGGGAUUGUAUAGAGGUCUCAGUGUUUUGUUAUAUGGCAGCAUUCCAAAAUCAGCAGUCAGGUUUGGCUCAUUUGAAGAAUUUAAAAAAAGAAAUGUAGAUGCUUCAGGAAAUCUGUCCACAUCAAAAAAACUUUUAUGUGGCCUUGGUGCUGGUGUGUGUGAGGCCAUAUUUGCUGUGACUCCCAUGGAGACUGUAAAAGUGAAAUUCAUCAAUGACCAAAGAUCAGCUAAUCCCCAGUUUAGAGGGUUCUUCCAUGGUGUUGGGACCAUAGUUAAACAACAGGGUAUUAGAGGCGUCUAUCAGGGCUUAACUCCUACAAUAAUGAAACAAGGGUCCAAUCAAGCAAUACGUUUCUAUGUAGUAGAGUCCUUAAAGGAAUACUACCGGGGAGGUGACAAUACUAAACCCAUACCAAAAUUAUUGGUAGGCUGCUUUGGGGCAGUUGCAGGGGCAGCAUCUGUGUUCGGUAACACCCCGUUAGAUGUCGUGAAAACUCGCAUGCAGGGGCUUGAGGCAGCAAAGUACAAGAACACUGUAGAUUGUGCUGUGAAGAUCAUGAAGAACGAGGGACCAAGAGCAUUCUAUAAGGGAACACUUCCAAGGUUGAGCAGAGUCUGUCUAGAUGUCGCUAUCACAUUCAUGAUUUAUGAUUCAUUCAUGGAACUUUUCAACAAGCACUGGAAAACUGAAUGAUCACAGUUGAAACUAGUCAAUUUUUAAAUAAUGCAAUUGUUACAGUGAAGAUGAAGGUAAACUAGAGAUAGAGUUCUGUGGAAUGACAAGCUGGUCAUGCUUUUGAAGCAAGAGUGGAAAUUGGGGGAAUUUAUGAGGAAUCUUACAGGGAAUGAAAUGUAUAAUUACUAUGCAAGAAAGAUUCGCUCUCAGGUCUCCAACUUGAUAUUCAACCUUGACCUUGAUUGGUAUCAACAUUGAAAAUGUUGUUAUUUUCUGUCAUUAUAACUGACUAUAAAUUCAUAAUCAGCG